CGCCUCUACCCCUCUUAAAUUCCCGUCUCCGGAGAGCGCGAGGGCCCAAAUUCAGGUAAAAUUUCUAGGGUUUGCUCCAUCGAAUCUCUCUCGCAAAUUAGGGUUCCGAUCUCGAUCGAAGAUGUUCGGGAGGGCGCCGAAGAAGAGCGACAACACGAAGUACUACGAGAUCCUCGGGGUCUCGAAGAACGCGUCGCAGGACGAUCUGAAGAAGGCUUAUAGGAAGGCUGCGAUCAAGAAUCAUCCUGACAAGGGAGGCGAUCCUGAGAAGUUUAAGGAGCUGGCUCAGGCAUACGAGGUAUUGAGUGACCCUGAAAAGCGUGAGAUAUAUGAUCAAUAUGGCGAGGAUGCCCUCAAGGAAGGAAUGGGUGGUGGUGGUGGCCAUGACCCAUUUGACAUCUUCCAGUCCUUCUUUGGUGGAAGUCCCUUUGGAGGAGGUGGCAGCAGCCGGGGCCGCAGGCAGAGGAGAGGAGAGGAUGUCAUCCAUCCUUUGAAAGUUUCUCUCGAAGACCUUUACAAUGGAACCUCAAAGAAGCUCUCCCUCUCUAGAAAUGUUAUCUGCUCAAAAUGCAAGGGGAAGGGAUCCAAAUCUGGCGCUUCAAUGAAAUGUCCAGGUUGCCAAGGUUCUGGCAUGAAGGUAUCCAUUCGUCAGUUGGGUCCUGGCAUGAUCCAGCAGAUGCAGCAUCCUUGCAAUGAAUGUAAAGGAACUGGGGAGACGAUUAAUGACAGGGACAGGUGCCCACAGUGCAAAGGGGAAAAGGUUGUGCAGGAGAAGAAAGUGUUGGAGGUGGUUGUGGAGAAAGGGAUGCAGAAUGGUCAGAAGAUCACUUUCCCUGGAGAAGCAGAUGAAGCGCCUGAGUGCGUCACAGGUGACAUAGUGUUUGUCCUCCAGCAGAAAGAGCAUCCCAAGUUCAAGAGAAAGGGCGACGAUCUCUUCUAUGAGCAUACUCUCUCUUUGACUGAGGCUCUCUGUGGCUUCCAGUUUGUGCUGACACAUCUUGAUAACCGGCAGCUGCUCAUUAAGUCUAAUCCUGGCGAGGUCGUCAAGCCAGAUCAAUUCAAGGCCAUCAAUGACGAAGGAAUGCCAAUGUACCAGAGGCCGUUCAUGAGAGGAAAACUCUACCUCCACUUCACCGUUGACUUCCCAGAUUUCCUCUCUCCUGAGCAGUGCAAGGUGAUCGAGACUGUGCUUCCUCCAAGGACUUCAUCUCAGCUCACCGACAUGGAGCUUGAUGAAUGCGAGGAGACGACGAUGCAUGAUGUCAACAUAGAGGAGGAGAUGAGGAGGAAGCAGGCACAAGCUCAGGAGGCCUACGAUGAGGAUGAAGAUACGCAUGGCGGUGCUCAGAGGGUGCAGUGCGCUCAGCAGUAGAAACACCGUGAUAAUUGUAGUGCUAGACUUGUGCGUUGGGGGCUGAUGCUAGGUGCUGCACGGUGACCUUAUAGGGACCGCAUACUAUUUGUUUUCCUAAUGAUAAAUGAUCUUUUAGUUUGAUGCCUGUGUUCAUUCUUCAUAUACGCCCGUGGCCUCGUAUGGACCUGGGACUGUUUUUUUUUUUUGCCCUCCUUAGUGGUCUUCGUUUCGACACCUGUUUUCUUUCUUAAUAAUGCUCUAGUUACAGGGCGAGAUGAAAGGGUGACGGUUAUUUAUGUGGUUUUCUUGAUGCUUAA